AUGGGAACCGCGAUCGAGAAGAGUGCGAGCAAACAUAUCAAGAUUCUGGUGGUCGGAAACCCUGCUAAUACUAAUUGCCUCGUUGUUUCCAAGUAUGCGCCAAGCAUCCCGAAGAAAAACUUUUCCGCACUCACGAGACUCGAUCAUAACCGAGCGAGAGGUAUAGUAUUUACACACGGGACUCGGCCAUAACUACCGAGUAAGAGAUAUAGCAUAUUUCAGCAUUUAGUACGGACUAGUAAGAGAUAGCAUAAGCAUUUACGGUUACGGACUACAGUAGAUAAAGAUACUAUGAUUAUGA